CCGCCGCGACCUGCUCCACCUCGCCGCCGCCGCCGCGCCCACCACGGAUCUCGAUGCUGCGCGCUUGAGGCCAGACGGUUCCAGCAGACAUGGGCUGUUUCUGCGCCGUCCCGGAAGAAUUUUACUGCGAAGUUUUGCUCCUGGAUGAAUCUAAGUUAACCCUCACCACCCAGCAGCAGGGCAUCAAGAAGUCAACAAAAGGUUCUGUGGUCCUUGACCAUGUAUUCCGUCACGUAAACCUCAUGGAGAUAGAUUACUUUGGACUCCGUUACUGUGACAGAAGCCAUCAGACAUAUUGGCUGGAUCCUGCAAAAACCCUUGCUGAACACAAAGAACUGAUCAACACUGGACCUCCAUAUACUUUGUAUUUUGGUAUUAAGUUCUAUGCUGAAGACCCAUGCAAACUAAAGGAGGAAAUAACCAGAUAUCAGUUUUUCUUGCAGGUGAAGCAAGAUGUCCUUCAGGGCCGGCUGCCCUGCCCUGUCAACAUUGCUGCUCAGCUGGGAGCAUAUGCCAUCCAGUCUGAACUUGGAGACUAUGACCCAUAUAAGCAUACUGCAGGGUACGUGUCAGAGUACCGGUUUGUUCCUGAUCAGAAGGAAGAACUUGAAGAAGCCAUAGAAAGGAUUCAUAAAACUCUAAUGGGUCAGGCUCCUUCUGAAGCUGAACUGAAUUACUUGAGGACUGCCAAAUCCCUGGAGAUGUAUGGUGUUGACCUCCAUCCUGUCUAUGGAGAAAACAAGUCUGAGUAUUUCUUAGGGUUAACUCCAGUUGGUGUUGUUGUCUACAAGAAUAAGAGACAAGUGGGGAAGUAUUUCUGGCCUCGGAUUACAAAGGUUCACUUCAAGGAAACUCAGUUUGAACUCAGAGUGCUGGGGAAAGAUUGCAACGAAACCUCAUUCUUUUUUGAAGCCCGAAGUAAACCUGUUUGCAAGCACCUCUGGAAGUGCAGUGUAGAGCAUCAUACGUUUUUUAGAAUGCCAGAAACGGAGUCAAAUUCAUUGUCAAGAAAACUCAGCAAGUUUGGAUCUAUAAGUUAUAAGCAUCGGUACAGUGGCAGGACCGCUUUACAAAUGAGCCGAGAUCUUUCUGUUCAGCUUCCCCGGCCAGAUCAGAACGUGGCAAGAAGUCGAAGCAAGACCUAUCCUAAGAGAAUAGCACAAACACAGCCAGCUGGCUCCAACAGCAUCAACCGGAUCGCUGCCAGCAUGGAAAGCGGAGAGAGGGAAGGAGCAACUAAAAUCACUGCGCCCUCACCAGUGAAAAGCUUUAAGAAAGCAAAGAAUGAAAACAGCCCUGACACCCAAAGAAGUAGAGCUCACCCACCGUGGGAAGAAAAUGGCCCCCAGAGUGGGCUCUACAACUCUCCCAAUGACCGGACUAAAUCACCAAAGUUUCCAUAUGCUCGCCGUCCUAACACCUCCUGUGGAAGUGACAAUGACUCUGUGCAGCCUACUAGGAGACGGAAAGCCCAUAACAGCGGCGAAGACUCGGAUCUAAAGCAAAGGAGGAGGUCUCGUUCGCGCUGUAACACGAGCAGUGGUAGUGAAUCAGAAAACUCUCACAGAGAGCACCGGAAAAAGAGAAACAGAAUACGACAUGAGAACGAUAUGGUUGACUCAGCACCUCAAUGGGAAGCUGUAUUAAGAAGACAAAAGGAAAAAAAUCAAGCGGACCUUAACAACAGGCGAUCUAGACACAGAUCUCGCUCGAGAAGCCCAGACAUCCAAGCGAAAGAAGAGCUAUGGAAGCAUAUUCAAAAGGAACUCGUGGAUCCAUCAGGGUUGUCAGAAGAGCAGUUGAAGGAGAUUCCGUAUACCAAAAUAGAGACACAGGGUGACCCAGUCCGCAUCAGGCAUUCUCACUCUCCACGGAGCUACCGCCAGUACCGCAGGUCCCAGUGUUCAGAUGGGGAGCGGUCAGUUCUCUCAGAAGUGAAUUCAAAGACCGACCUCGUGCCACCACUUCCAGUGACCCGUUCUUCAGAUGCUCAGGGUUCCGGUGGAUCCACAGUUCACCAGAGAAGAAAUGGGUCUAAAGACAGCCUGAUAGAAGAAAAAGCCCAGCUAUCUACAAGCAACCUCACUGGGAAGCACACAGCAAAAACAAUAAAGACUAUCCAAGCGACACGCCUCAAGACAGACCUGAUCCAGUGAAGAGCAGGGGUGGGAACGGGAAGGGUGUGGGGGCCACCGGGGCUUUUGAAACUGUGAAUUAGAGAACUACCCAAAUACCUUGGACUCGUGUCUUUUCAGCACAUGAAAAGAUGCCUUUUUUUUUUUUUUUUUUUGCUUCUCUUAAAGGCCUGACUACAGCAUACUUGUGCUGAAGGGCUUUUGAACUGGAAGGAUAAUAAUCACUCGAUGCCACUUUCUUCUGAAACCCAAACCACCAAAUUCAGUGUUCGCCUCAAUCAAGACCAGCGGCUUCUGGCAAGCACACUGGACUUCUGGGGCCGUAGCAAGCCACGCACGAGUGUGCAGUGGAGGAGAGCAUCCUUCUUUCCACAGCUGGUGCCGAGGCGUGCCGGGACGGGCAUCACAUGCAGGCUGCCUUUCAACCCUUUGGAAUAUUGUUUUGUGGCAUUAAGUUCCACUGGCUAUUUACAGACAAUAUAAAACGCGGUCAAGUGUUGUUUAGAAGUGUCCUUGUCAUGUGUUUCUUGGGGGGGGCAUGUAUCUGUGGAUCUCUCAUCCCUCCAACUGUGCCUGGUCAUAUCUACCCAGUGUCUUUUCACUGUACAGACGACUUUCCAAUAUACAGGGACUACUCUGUAACAGUCACAGGUGCCAUCAACUCCCCCCUGUCGUUUCUGUCUCACCUAUACUUCAGUGUCCACUUGUUCCAGUGUCCUUAUGGCUGCUCUUAAUGUACUGAAGCCUCCUUUUAGCCUUAAUCUUAUUUUGCUUCUAUCAUCCUAAGCACACUUUUCAGCUCAUCCUACUGGCCCACCUUCUCUUUACUUUUCUACUGGAUUUUCUUGCUGUGAAAAAGCCCAAGCCUUAAGUGGCCUGGUCUCAUCUCCUAACAGGACCACCUCUUACAAGUCACCUUACAGCCUCACUGAGCACUCUAAACCAGAGAUGAAGAGCGAAAGCAGCAAGGCUGCCAGACAAGUGGACUUCCGACCUAUCCCUGUACAUGGCCAUUUCCCCCCACGCCUCGCAGUGGCACCUACCCUUCCACUCAACUCUGCUCUCAGGUUUCUCUAACUAGGUCGGUUUCUGCCUCGGGGGACUCACAAGGAAGAGAUUCCCUCCAAUCAACUGUGCUUUGUUCUUCACUGUGUUCCCAGCUCCUACUACAGUACUUUCAAUAAAGUUUAUGAACGCCUGAA